CUGACGGUGACUGUAAUUUUUAGAAUUCGUGACAGAAGCCCUAAUAGUAUCCAAAAUAUUUUUGUAAGCUUUUAUUUGUAAGUUAUUACUUUAUUUUAAUAAUGGGCAAAGGAAUAUUGAUAGUUGUAGCGUGUUGUGGUAUCCUUGUGGGUUUGUUCUGUACGUUCUCAUACCUUAUGACUACGGUCAAUCCUGAACCCCUUGUGUAUAGUUUGACGGACGCCUUAAAUAGUGGAGUAUCAGCAAAUGAUACGGAUGCAAUUGCAAAAUCAAUGGUAAACGGCACCAUGCUCAGAGAUCUAUAUGAGGACGAAAAAUCCAGAGGCGAAGUGACAUAUUUAAAAGACUUCUUAUCAAAGCAAAUUGGAGCUUUACGAUAUGGCAUGGAGAAAGUUGAUCUCACGCUUAAAAAUGACAAGCCUCCUAAAAAGGCAGAAACCACUCAUUUCUUCUUCAAACGCCCACGACCGCAAACCAUCGAACCAGUAAAUACUAAACCCAAUACAAGCAACAAUAUCGCAGUACCAUUAUUGAAAAAGGAGAGAGAAGAAAGAGAAAGGAGAUCGGUAGAUGAGCUUGAACCACAUACAGGAGCUAUAGUUUUGAAAAUAGCCGAUAAUACUGGACGCAUGAUUACAAUAAUAGUUGAAUCUGAUGCAUUUGAAUAUUCUAAUGUUGUAAAAGAAAGUAAAGAAAAAUAUAACAAAACAAAUAAUCCAAACAGAAAAACUGAUAAAGAAAUAAUUCAGAAAAGAAACACUGUUAUUGAGAUUUUUAAUAAUUCAUUGAAUAUGGAUACGAGUGGCCAGUCUUCGUUGUUUUUAGAUUUAUCUAGUAAAAAUGAAGUUAUGUUGAAAAUUAAUAAAAGGGCACUAGGCAUCAUGAGGAAUGGGUCUUCCACGCGAGAUACGAUUCUUCAGACAUUAAAAAAUGAUAAAUUGGUGCUUUAUGGUGUAGCAAACAGUACAGCAAUAUCCACUCAUCCACCCAGAAAUAAAUUGAGUGUUUAAGUCAAACAAAUGCACUUAUUAAAAUGUCAUUGAAACAAAGAAACCAAGUUUGAGUUUAGUAAAUAUAGGUCAGUUCAA